AUGGGUUCGGAAGCACACGACAAAGCUCCGGGUGAUCUUUUGCCUAAAGAAGACACUGUGCUUUCGAGUGCGGCAUCCUUUACACAGGACUUUAAGCCGGUUAAGCAAAUAUGUGCACAUCUUAACGCCUUCCACGCUUAUGCAAAUGACCCUAUGCGGUCUGUCGAAACGAAUCACUAUUGCAGCCAGUUGGAUGAUGAGGUUCGUCAAUGUAUAUUAUACGACUCUCCAGAACCCAACGCACGGAUCAUAGGCAUAGAGUACAUGAUCACAGCAAACCGUUAUGAAUCUCUACCCGCUGAUGAGCGCCGUCUAUGGCAUUCCCACGUAUACGAGGUGAAAUCGGGAAUGCUGGUGAUGCCUAACCGCAUGGUGCCGAAAGCAGCGUGGGAAUUAGCAGAGAAGCGGGAGAUGGAAAAGAUCAUCACGCUGUACGGGAAAGCGUACCAUCUGUGGCAGACGGAUAGGGGGGAUGAGCUUCCGCUGGGGGAGCCGCAGCUCAUGAUGAGUUAUACGAGUGAUGGGCAUUUGGACUUUGGGAGGGUGGAGGAGCGGGACGAGAGGUUUGGGACAAAUUAUAGGGAAAAGAGGGAGGCGAGGAAGAGUAUUGCUUCUCCGAAGAUUCAUGGAGAUGCUGAUUCGUGUUGGCAUGCUUGGAGGGAGAGGGGGAAUAAAACGCCGCCGAGUUAUAACCAGAAGUGA